AUGACUUACCUACAAAUCAUUUGCAGGCCUGUCGGGUGAGGGAGGCACUUGUCAUUAGGGAUGCCCUUUCAGAAUUUAGGGGGAUAGGGCAGCAAAGAGGAUUGUAGCUGGAGAUGAUAUUGAGUGGCCCAAUCUUAGGUACAUUCAUAGUCAAUACACAAAAUAAUGACCUAAUGUUGCUGUAAAUAGAGGCUGUUGGAGCAGGUACAUCAAAACAGGGAGACUCUCGUGCCUCGAAUUAGUAAAGUGCUCAGAGAUAUAGGAGCUUAAGGAUGGGAGAAUCUGUCAAUUUCAGUUUCAGUGUCUCACUUUGCCACUCUUCAGUUCUCCAUGCUUUCACAACUGUUCAUGUAUUUUUUUCAAAAAAAAUUAAAAAUGUCCUCACAAGAAUGUAUCAAUAUAUUACUGUGAAUUUCUCCUAACAGGCACAUGUGAUUUUGCCUAAUAUACACAUUUCAGCAAAGCAAAUUCUCUUAAUAUAAUGCAUUUUUGUACGCUAUUUUGCCUGAUACAGUGGUACCUUGGUUGUUGAACGGCUUGGCUCCUGAGCGCCGCAAACCAGGAAGUAAGUGUUCCGGUUUGCGAACAUUUUGUGGAAGCUGAACGUCCAACGCGGCUUCUGCUUGAGUGCAAGAAGCUCCUGCAGCCAAUUGGAAGCUGUGCCUUGGUUUUCGAAUGGUUCUGGCAGUCGAACGGACUCCUGGAACGGAUUAAGUUCGAGAACCAGGCUACCGCUGUAUAUGCAUUUUGAUGUGUGCUUUAUUCCAGUAUUUGCAUUUUGUACACAUUACUUGGCUGGAGAACUGCCCUGCACAAUUUGGAGAAGUUUUGGAAAGUGUGGCUUAAGUAGUUUUUCCUUUAAAUGCAAAUUACACUGAAUUCUGUGCCCAUCCUUACUGCGGCUGAAGAAUAGUCACACAUGGGCCCUGACACAUAUGGGGAAGAAGGGUGAUAGGCUUCCCUAUCUUCCCUAAACUUUACAAAAUUUCAAUCCAGAAUCUUACGCAGUGUAAACUUCUACCACAUUGCCUCUUUCUCUCAUUCCCCCCUCCCCCAACUAAAAAGGUGCCAAUGUUGUGACCUUUCCUCAUGGGGGAGUUGCUCCCCCCGCCUUGAUCAUUUCUGUGGCCUUUUUCUGAACCACUUCCAACUCUACAAUAUCUUUUUUGAAGUGGGGCAACCGGAAAUGUACACAGUAUUCCAUAGGUGGCUGCUGGAUCAAGUCUGUUCUCAAGCCAGUGGCUGACCAGAUGACCACAAGAAGGAUCUGAGCAAAUCACCACUCCUCCCCCCAACUCAUAUUCAGAACAUAGCCAUUCAGGUUAGUAGCCAUUGGUAGCCUUAUCCUCCACUAGAAAGGCAAAGGUACGGACAUAACGCUAAACUGAAAUCAGAAGUAAGUUUCAAAUCUUAUAAUUAUAAUAUAAAAUUAAAUUCCACCCAUCUGACUGGGUUGCCCCAGUCACUCUGAGCAGCUCCCAAUAAAAACAAUAAAAACACAAUACAACAUCACACACUAAAAACUUCCCUGAAGUCUUUUAAAAAUCACAUAGCUGUUUAUUUGUUUGACAUGUGCUGGGAGGGUGUUCCACAGGGUGGGCAUGAGUACCAGAAAAAGCCCUCUGCCUGGUUCCCUGUAACCUUACUUAUCUGAAUGAAGGAACCACCAGAAAGAAGGCCCUUGAAGCUGGAUCUCAAUGUCUGGACUGAAUGACCCUACCAGAGGGUGAUGAAGGAGCAUGCAAGCCAAAGGUUAUAAUGAUAAUAAACUGUAAUGAUACAUCACAGUUUGUUGUGACAUUCUAAUGCAGUCACCGGGACAACUCACUUACAACAUGGUCAAUUUCUUUUAAUAAAUAACUAAAUUGUUGAAUGCGUAUCCCUCCAAAGCAUCAGACUGCAUACCUUUCAGACAACACUCAAGUCUGUGCCCUGGAGAAUGCAGGGUGUUUAAUAAAAUUAACAAUCUCUGCAUUUUUGGAAAGGCAGGACAUAAUAUUUGGUUGGUGGAAUACAUUGCCCUCUGCUCCUUUGCCAGAUUCUCUUACACACACUGCUGAAAAUGCGUCCGCAUACAAAAGAGAGUCUAAUUGACAGGUCCAUGGAGGCCGGAGGUGUGAUAUAACCUGGAAUGAGGGCUGUUCUCAUAAUGAGAGACAGCUGAAAGAUUAUGCAUGUAACCUCUUAUAUAGACUCUCUGGCUCUUUUUCAUAAGCCAGCAGAUGGUAGCAGAGUCUGUAGAUCUCAGGACAGGCAAAUGUGCAUUAAAUACUGUAACUGCCCUCAUUCAUUUGCCAUUCAUCUUCACUUGUCAGUCUCUUUAUAAAGUGCCUUCUGUAGUGCUGACCCUGAAAUUGCAUCAUUUAAUCUGUAAUCGCAUAUUGCCAACAUUCUCUCCAUUUUAUCGCUUACCGACUGCAUUAAUUCCGCUGCACUAUGGACCACCGAUAGCUCUAGGCAACUCUCUGAGGAAAAGAGAUAUUCAUAAAAAUGUAGAGAUGCAGAAAGGGAAGAGGCUGACAUGCCUGAGAUAAAGGAAGGAAUCUUAAAGGAAGGGGGGGAGAGAAACUUAGAGGCAUACAGGCCCCUGGUUUUCUUUUUUCCUUUCUCACCCUGACAUGUUGUGCUUUGAAUUCUAAAUGGCUUAUUAGGUUACUAUUAUUUAUAAGAGCUGUCGGUGAGUGCUGCCUUGAAAAGAUACAAGAAAGAGCCCCUCCACAGAGAAGCUUCCUAUUGAAACACAAGUACCAUACAAAUGCAUAUUACUAUAUCUUGGUGUGUGUGUGUGUGUGUGUGUGUGUGUGAGAGAGAGAGAGAGAGAGAGAGAGAGAGAAUCUUUCCUGAGGAUAGAUUAGAGAGGUGAGUAAAUAAAUGAAGUGUUUGUCGAGCUAGAUGCCAUGACGGAUCAUGGGCCAUUUGGCAUAUCACAUUCAUGAAUCAGGCAGGGACCAGAGAAGAGUGUGGCUGGAUGAGUGUGCUUAUCAGCCUCAAAAAGGAUUCUGUAGCGCUGGAAAAAGUUCAGAAACCAGAGACCAAAAUGAUCAAGGGGCUGGAGCAGCUUCUGUAUAAGGAAAGGUUACCACAUUAGGGUCUUUUUAGUUUUUUUAUUAGAAAAUGGUGAGGGAAGGGGGGGACAUAAUAAUGCAUGGUGUAGAGCAGGCAUAGGCAAACUCAGCCCUCCAGAUGUUUUGGGACUACAACUCCCAUCUUCCCUGGCCACUGGUCCUGUUAGCUAGGGAUGAUGGGAGUUGUAGUCCCAAAACAUCUGGAGGGCUGAGUUUGCCUAUGCCUGGUGUAGAGACAGCAGAGAAAGAGAGGGAGAGGGAAGGAGGGAGAGGGAGACAGAGACAGAAGUGUAGGUGGGUUCCCACGAGGCAAGACACAGUGAUAACAGCAAGAACCUUUAUUGAAGUAACAGAACUGGACAACAGGGGCAAAGCAACUGCUUAUAUACAUUUCUGAAGGCCUGGGCCACUCCCACUCCCAACGUGAUUGGCUGUCUAAACUUCCAAGCUGCGAAUCAUGACUCAAAGUUUAAGGGCCAAUGGCAGAGGCCCAAAUCCUGAAAUGUUCUGUGACUGGAUAUCAUGUAUCAAAUUAGAACACAGGAGCUCAGAAUCCUUAAUCCAGACUCAAGCUCAGGCAAACACAGACCACUGAAUAAAUAACAGACAAGACAGACAGACAGAGAGAAAGAGAAAGAGAAAUAUGCUUUUCUAAUACUAGUUCUAAUACUAGAACUUGGGAGCAUCUAGUGAAGCUGAAUGUUGAAUGUUUUAAGACAGCCAAAAGGAAAUACUUCUUCACACAGCACACAAAGUAUGGAUUUUGCUCCGACAAGAUGUAGCAAUGUCUACCAACUUGAAUGCCCUUAAAAAAGGAUUAGGAAAAAAAUCAUGAAGGCUAAGACUAUCAGUGGCUACUAAUUCUGUCUGGUGCUUUGCAGUCUUGGGCUUUUUCCCAUUUCCUUCUCAAUCUGCAAAUCCCCGAUAAUGUGGCAUAAAACCAGAUGUGACAUUGUACCGGUAUAGCUGUUGGCAGGCUCUUCACUAAGCAUUUGUGCCCCCCCCCCUCCCGGCCAGCAGUUAUAAAGCCUGACUGUAAGGCUUUGCUAGAGUUGCCAACAGGGGGGGGGGGAAUAGCAAAGCAUUUCCCUCCAAAACUCCUUGAGUGGCUGAAGGUGACGUGGAGCUCAAAAUAAGCAGGGCCCUUCCAUUUUCAUAGGUUUCUGGAAAUGAGCUGUGUUGUGUGCAUUGCUGAAAUAAAAUGUGCUUAUCUGAUAUGUGGCAAAAUGUAAGAAUUGGGCUCUGGAGUCUGAAAUCCUAUUGGGAAUGUUAAUGUUGAACAAUUUACAUUUAACACCCUAAAUUCAGCACCACCCAUAACUGGGAAUGUGCAGAGAAUUAAAGUAUUUUUUGAAGGCAAGCAAAUUUGAAAUUGCUUGAGAAUUUCCUCCAAAAUUUGUUUCCGUGCUAGCUGCUCAUAGAGUCAGUUGAAGAUACCUUGAAGUGAAAUGAAUGGAUAAGUCCAAGUUCAUCCUGAGCUACUUUUUGGUCCCUGAUGAAGACGCCAGAAUCUUUGGCUCAGGGUAUGUGCAUUUAUGUUAGAGAGCUAAAGAGAGAUUCCUGUGGCCACUGAAAUGAUGUGGAAAGUACUUCCCUUGUUUCCCUAUAUGUGGGAAACUAUAUUUUAAAAGAUUCAGUCUUGUGAAAGGGCUGUGAGUAUAUCCUUAGACUCUAGAUGGUAGUAUGCAACCACAGUGUAUCCCUAUAAUGGCCAAUGUCCCUUCAAAUAUACGUAAUGGGUAAUGCACAGCGGCAAAAUGAAGUCAGCAAGAAAUUUAUUUUUUAAAACUGAAAACGAAAAGGGCUAUAGAUUUUUUUCAGAUCCCAUGUUUACAUUAUUUUAUUUUAUAUCAUGGGCUAUGUGUACUAAUAAUAUUUAAUAGAAUAGGAUCACUCCAGGAGGAUUUUUGUAGAAUUACUCACACAAAUGAAACAACGGACUCCAGUGGCACUUUAAAGGCUAAAUGUUUAUGGUGGUAUGAACAGUUGCAUCAGGAAAUAGACAGUGAUGGUGCUGGAGCUAUAUAGAAAGAAACAAGAGGCUGAAAGAAAAGGGAGGUGAAAUCUAUUUUAUAAGGGGGAAAGUAAUACUGCAAUCCCAUGUAUAUCUUUCACAGGCACAUGCAUAUAAAAUUUCAGCCUAUAUACACUUUACCUGUGAGUAAGUCCCAUUGAAUUCAAUUAGACUUUCGUAUACUUGGAGCCAACAUGCUCUGUUUUUAGGCACCAGACUAAAACACUUCUGUCCACCCAGCUUUUGAUAGUUAAUUUGGAGGGUAAUUACCAUAUUUUUCGCCCUAUAGGACGCACCGGCCCAUAGGACGCACCUAGUUUUUUUUGGGGGGGGGGGAAAUAAAGGAAAAAAAAUUAUUUCCCCCCCAGGCGUGGGGGUGGGGCAGGGGAAGCCCGAGCUUCCCCCGACCCCAGCCCCCAGAACUGGCAGCUCUCCGCAAGCCGUGGGAGCCCGGCGCUUGCGGAGAGCUGCACGAAGCUUGAAGCCUGGGCGUGCUGAGCUCAGCGCGCCCAGGCUUCAGCAUGCAGGCAACUCUCCGCAAGCUGUGGGAGCCCAGCACCGGGCUCCCAUGGCUUGCAGAGAGCUGCGCGAAGCCUGGAGAGCGAGAGGGGUCGGUGCGCACCGACCCCUCUCGCUCUCCAGGCUUCAGUGAAAGCCUGCAUUCGCCCCAUAGGACGCACACACAUUUCCCCUUCAUUUUUGGAGGGGGAAAAGUGCGUCCUAUAGGGCGAAAAAUACGGUAGAUAUGUCCCCUGCCCUCAGUUUGUCAUCUUGUAGCAGAAUGGGUAAGUAGGAUUUGUCCUUUUUAUAAAUAUUGAUGGAUGAGCAUUUUAGGUACUUUGUUUCCCUGAUUAUGUUUGUGCGAUUUCAAUGCCUUCUGUGUACUAAUUUGAAAGCCUCAUUGGGACCCGUUUUGUGAGAAAAGUGAUGAAUAAAUAAAACAAUAAAUAUCAGUAAUAUAAUAAUAUUUCUGAGAAGACAUGCAUAGGAUUACAUUGUCAAUCUCAUGUGAGUUCAAAGGAACUUGCCUUAGAGUGAAGAGUCUUAAAUGUGGUUCUCUGAGCUAGUCAGCAAGCUGUUACCUGGCCUUGAGAAGCUCAAAAUGGAUUGGGUGAGAGCAGAACUUCCUCAAAACAAUCUUUGGUUGCAAUUCUGUGAUGCACCACAUGGUUUUAUAGAUGUUGACUGCAUUAAGAAUUCGGAGCCAUCAUUAUUUUAAGAACAUAAGAAGAAGUUGUUUGUCAACAGGUAGCACCUUGACAGCAGCGUGAGUGGGCACAAAGGUCACCUGAUCACAGUUUUCCCCAUUAUUGUGAGAAGUGCUGUAUUUCUGUUUAAUUAUAGCAAUUGGGAGAGAUCCAGCUGUGACAGCCUGCAUGCACAACAGGAAUCCAUUUGCAAACCAGAUCUCCUGUUUCUUAUCUCCACUCCUCCAGCACCCCACACACUCCCAAAAUCUACUCUGGAGAGUUCCCCAACCCCCCAGAGGUUGCCACUGGGGGAAGGAGAGUAAGACAAAACCCCUUAUGUGAUUGGACAUCUGCUUGUGCUAUGUUGGACCUUAUUUUUAAAAUUCUACAUACAUAUUGGCGUAAAAGUUGUGGAAAUAUUUCCCUUCCUUGCCCUCGCAUUUGGCAAUGCACACUAGUGGUAGAUACGCCUUGUGUUGUCACUAAUUUAGGUUUGCUACUUGCAAAGAAGAGGGACCUUGGCUCCAUGGUCAAGCCCAUGCUAUGCAUAUCGAAGGUCCCAGAUUCAAGCUCUGAUAUCUCAGGCUAUAGGAUCUCAUGUGACAGGUCUCAAAAAGUCCUGGAUGGUUGUUUCUAGUUGAUAUAAUAGUGGGCUAGAUGGUCCAGUGAGCUAAUUCAAUAAAAUAAGGUUGCUUCCUACUUCAUGUGGGGAACAAAAUACCUUUUGGACUCAAUUAAAUAUCAGUUUCCACUUGAAUAUCACCAUAGAAUAAUUUUAAAACCUCAUCCUGUGUAGGAAGAAGUGUGCUUGUAAAAAUCUCCCUUUAGAUUUGCGAAAUCUUGAUAAAAUAUAUCCAACUGAUAACAAAGCAGGCCAUUGUGUCUUAUUUGUGCUCCCACCCCCAAAAAACUGUGCAGUGUUGAAUUCUUUAGGUGACUGUUUUUCAGCUUAACUGUAGUAAAUGUGAACGCUAUGGAUCAAUACUACAAAUGUGUGAUUAGUGUUCAGUGGAUACCAAACGUUAGAGUAUGAAUUCUAUCUGAGUCAAUGCUGCUGAAGGAAGGAAAACCAGAAAAUAAAUGGACUGAACUAAUGAAAGCAGAUAAUUGUUGCAAAGCCCAACAUAAAUAUUUCCAGCAACUCUUAUGAAACAAUAAAGUAACUCUAGCAAGUCUUCUUCCGCUCAUCUAUCUCUGUAGAUGUUUCCAUAUCAAAUACAUUGUGUGGGCUUAAGCCAUCAGGCAGUGCUGAUAUAAAACCACAGUUCACUUUGAUAGAGCUUACACACAUCAAUUCCUGUUUUGAAGGGGGGGGGGAGAACUUGCUGGAUUUCAGGCCAUUGUAUUUUGUUAUUUGAUGAGUGUAUCUUAUAGACCAGUGGUUCCCAGUUAGCUAAGUACUGUGGACCCCCUAUUUUUCAAAAGCCAAACCAUGGGCCCUCUACUUUUGCAAAUGUUGAUACCUCUGUGGUAGUUUUGGUUAUGUGACACUGGUGCCACAGAUCCCCUGAGUGGGCUAUGGACCACGGACCACCAAUUGGGAUCCAUAGUUUUAGACCAUUACAGACAAACAGUGCUCAGAGCUUACAUACAAAGUCAUUUAAAAAUAAUAAUAAUAAUAGCUUGGGAUUGGGACAUUGGGAAGUAUUCAACUAACUUUUUGUGCUAGCACAAGGGAAUUUCCCCCUCUGCUCCCUGGCACCCACAAAUCUGCUCCAGAGGGUUGAGGGUUAACAUAGAAGAGAUGCACAGAGGGAGGAGAAGGACAUCCUGUCAUGGAAGGAAAAAUCAUUGUUCACUUUAGAACUACACUGAAUGUUCAUUUUAGAACUACGCUGAAUAUGAUCCAUUGUGUUUUGUUAUUUGAUAGGUCUAUAAUGAAGGACAAAGAGCUAUCAAAAGUCUACACUGCCAUCUGAAAAUUCAUGGAAGCAACUUUUACCACAGAAGGAAGUCAAUAUGGGAUUAAAGAUACAGAGUCAUAAAGAAGCUUUCCUUCUCAACACACUUCUACUGUGCCUUCUCUAAGGUGCUUUGAUGUGGCUGUCAUCCAUCCAUUUUUACAUGGUACGUAGGAUAGAUCAGUGCUUUAAAUGAACAAGCAAUCACAAAAGUUGUGUCCCUCCUGCACAUAGCACAACAAAAUGGAUCACAGGUACAUCCUUUAACUGAAACUCAGCGGAAUGUUGUUUGCCCUUUGAAAGAGAAAUUGCUUCAUGUCACUUUCAUCAAAACCAAAGCUAUGGAGAUCAUUACAUCUUUCUCUUCCUGGUUCUGAAGAUCUGUUAGAUGGAUUGCAGGAGAACGAGUCUGUGAAUAGCAAAGUUCAUCCGGUUGCAUUUCGCAACAUACGAGAAGCACAGUGGAAGGCUAGGAAAUACGAAAAAGGAAGUAUAAUUGCAUCCUCACUGUUGCUCUACAACAACAACAACAACAACAACAACAACAACAACAAUAAUAAUGACAUCUAUGUACACAACACUUUACAAAGAACAGGAUUGCCAAUUUCAAACUCAAUGUCAUUCCUAUGUUUCCUUGUUUUCCUUCUCCUGCUGCCUCUGGAAUUGCUGCUUCCUUGUUACCCUCGUCCAUUAUUCACCAACCUGGUGCACUUUGUAUGACAGGUCUCUACUGGCAAGGGGUUUACAGUCUGAAAUAAAUAUCGGGAAACAAUAAGGUAAUACAGACUAGGACAGACAAUAAGGCAGGCAUCCCCAAACCCGCCCCUCCAGAUGUUUUGGGACUACAACUCCCAUCAUCCCUGACCACUGGUUCUGCUAGCUAGGGAUGAUAGGAGUUGUAGUCCCAAAACAUCUGGAGGGCUGAGUUUGGGGAUGCCUGCAAUAAGGUAUACAGACUAGGACUUUGCCAACCUGGUGCCCUCCAUAUGUUUUGGACUAUAACUCCCACCAGUCCUAACCAGUGCUAUGUGUGGCUGAUAGGAGUUGUAGUCCAAAACAUCUGGAGGGCAGCUGGUUGUCCAGUGCUAGUCUAGGGAGAUGGGGGUACAAUAAUUCCAGAGACAAAAGGAAGCAGGGAGGCUAUAAAUAGGGAUGAGAUUCUGUUUGAAAUUUGGAAGCACAAGGCUUUAUAUGAGUUCAUAAGGAGGAUUUCUUUUUAGAAAGGCGUAUAUUAUAACUAUCAAUUGUCUUGGCAACUACACAGUUAUUGAAAUAACCAAAUCCUUUCCCCUGGUGUCAUCCCUAUUUUGAGCACUCGCUUUGGUUAGAAUAUCCUUUCAAACUCUGAAUCAUAGUGCUGUGUUUGCUGAAUAUCACAUUGUAAAUAUCACGAAAACAGUGUGGCGAGGGCUCCACGCUGCUAUUAUUAUCUUGGCAGUCCUGCGAGGAGCUAAGCAUACUUUGCUGCAUUUCUUCUUUGAGCCCCGGGGGUGGGGGGAAGGAACGCAAAGUGUUCUGUAUGUUUUUCAGCUCUUGCAGAAGAGUUGCUGCAGAUGUGAGCAGGGCAAAACUUCCUGUUGUGGUUAUCAGGUAUCAGAAAAUCCCUCAUUAUCCCCGCUUGGCAUUUGCUCUGUUCUAAAAACUAGCCCACAAGUUGAAAACUUGCUGCCUAAGCAAUUAAAGGCAAAUGUAAUGGGGGCAAUGUCUGAGCUCAGUCCGAGCCUUUCAUCACCUAAUAGCUUCCGCAGGGUGCUUAAUUAGUUUCUGAGCAUUAGACCAGCAGCAAUCCUUAACUUCUGCCCUUCCGAGUCACAACUUAACUCUCCCACCCAACACACACAGAGAACCACCCUCAGACUACUUCUCUGACUACUUAUCAGUCAUUUUGGGUGCAGGAAUUACAGUAGAGUGCUCAUGUAUGCAACACAUAAUACUUUAAUACUCCUAUGAAGAAGUACUUUUUCUGUCUCAAAUCUUCAGCCUCAUUGGAUGUCCAUGAGUUCUAGAAUUAAUAAUAAUAAUUUUUAUUUAUACCCCGCCCUCCCCAGCCAAGGCCGGGUUCAGGGUUGCUAACAAGCAAUAAUAAAAAUAAGUUGAAUGAAUACAACUUAAAAACAAAAUUAAAAUAUUAUGAGAGAGGCAGAAAAAAACAAUUCUCCCUAUCCACUUUCUCUAUGCCUUGUAUAAUUUUAUAAAUUUCUGUUAUGUCACUUUUAUGUGCCUUUCCUCUAAAUUAAAAAGUCAUGAACGCUGCAACUGUUCUUCCCAGAGGAGUGGCUUUAUCCCCUUGGUCAUUUUAAUCUCCCUUUUCUGAAUAGGUACUGCCAUGUUUGUGUUAGGAUAUUUCCGUUCCACCUUAAAAGGGAGCAGGCUUUGUGAGUCACAGAGUCUGCGCAUUUCCUGUUCACAGGAAGUUUAUGUUUUCUAUUGCUUUCGUUUCUCUCUCUGUGUCGUAGACACUGAAGCAGGCAGUCAUGUUUUUCUUUGUUCUGAUCAAUGCUGAAUAAAACUUGUAAAUAAUGCUCUCCUGAGUGCGACUUUGGCUGUGCAUUAUCUGCUAACAGAGUGUGCAUCGGCUCUAGAAUGUGGUAGGCUAUUUCUGGAGCUCAUGUCGCUAAUUGCUGAUACUGCGUGCCUACGGGAGAUCGAUGGAACGUCCGGCAGCCGGCUUGGGGCCAUGAUGGACUUUGUCUCCCUGGCAGUAUCCCAACAACAGUUUGGCAGUACACACUUCUUUCAGCGUCGUAAUAGCAAGCUAUUUUUUUUUUUCAAACCUUUAGGAAAGUACAUCAUAAAAGAUUGACUUCAGUGGGUAAUGAAUCUUCAUUGCCCCUGGUUCCAUAAAGUCCGAGUCCAAUCUGCCAAGUUAGUGGGGGAAAUCCUCAAUGUCGUCAGGUCCCCAAUGCAAAAUCCUUAGGUUCUUUAGAGCCAAGCAUAUGGCUGGUGUUAUUCUUCUCUGGAAAAUUAACAGCGCUAAUUAAGUGCUACUUUCUUAGCUUACAUUAAAAGUAACGGGGGUGGGGGGAGGUGGAAGAGGCAGAUGCAAAAGUGAUGACUGAGGAUUUGUAGAAAACAAAACAAAACUCAGCAGCCCAAUAAACUGUGUGUUUUAUUAUUUGGUAUUCAUCACAUAAAAACAAAUGAAAAGGCCUGACCUUUUCACUGGCGGCAGCAAAGCUCUGACAAUAGUCAAUAGUUACAGCUAAUAGUGGUGCAAUUUAAGGACUGCUAUGUAAUGAUCAGGACUGCAGCACAAAAUCUGGAGUCUCCUGCAAGAGACUUUUGGGGGCCCAUCAUGCCAACUGAGCAAUUCUUUUUACUGUCCCUUUUAUUUAGUAAACUGUACAUUUUAUGCAGCAAUGGAAUUUAUAUAUUUGUGUAAAUCCAUGUAUGUGAGGCAUGCCAUCGCCUCUGCAUGGCCGUUGCUGCUGGUCUCCUACCUUGGACAGCUCAUAGUGGCUGCUGGAGAGCAGAGCACAACACUUCUUGUAGGUUUUCUUGUUUGUUUGUUUGUUUUAAAAAUGCAUUGUGUGUCUGCAUCUAAUCUUGCCCCCUUCUAAAAUUUAUUUAUUGGUGUGUGUUUUUCUUUUUGUAAAUCUACCAGAGAAUAAAAUAAAAUCAGGAUUAAGAGGAGGGCAUGUGUGCUGUGUUCCUUUGGCAUAGUGGUAGUUAGACUCAUCCUUCUUCUGACAGGAAAUGCUCUGCGGUAGGGGAACAAAAAUGGGGGGCUGAGGAGGAUCAGUUGGGAGAGAAUGAGAAAUGUCCCUAUUUUCAUCUGAGGAACAUUGGAGGGUGUGAAGUAGGUCUGGGUCUGGUCACUGCAUGCAUGAGUUCCAUGAUGGAAGAAAGGUGGGAUAUAAAUGUAAGGAAGCAGGUUAAAUAAAUUAACCAGUCUUACAUUCUCAAACACUUUUUCUACCAAACUCAUGAAGUUCAGCAUCCUGGAAAUGUUGCUUUCUAUUGAAGAAAUUUGUUAAGCCAAAUAUUCUUGGGACACAGUAAAUCUGAGAUGUAUUUAUUAAGAUUUGUGAAAAAUUGGGAAGGGCCAUAGCUCAGUAAUAAAGCAUGCAGAAAGCCCAAGAUUCCAUCCCUAACAUCUCUGGGGUAAAGCUGGGAGAGACGCCUGCCUGAAAUCCUGGAUAGUCGCUGUAGACAAUACUAAGCCAGAUGGGCAGACUCAGUAUACGGCAGCUUCCAUUGAAACUUCUUUCCAUAUGUACCACAGAGACAGGAUGUUUGAGAACUGCUUGUGGAUGAAUACACGUGUUUGGGAAUGCUGCAAACAAACAGUUCUGUGAAAAUGAAUUCAGGACUACCAAUUGAAUUAUAUGGAUAUAUACUUGGAAGUAAGGCCCAUUUUUGCUUGGGGAGGGUUACUAACUAUUGCAGUUAUUAAUAUUGCACAGUUUGGAGCAACUGGAUGCACAAAAACUUACUCCUUUUGGAAUGAAACGUUGGCCAGACCCAUUAGAUUGUUCAAAACUUUACUUGCAGAACUUUCUGCAAAACAGAACAAAAACAUCAAAGAUACAUCCAAAUAAUUCCCUAGAAUAUCUUGUGCUGUCCAGCACAGGUUCAACAUCUUAGAAAUAAAAUAUACUUCCAAACAGACCUAGAAGCAGAAGUCUCUCUUUCUACAGCCUCCAUUUUGCCCUGAGCUGUAUCCACUCCCUUCAGGAGAGUCGUUUACACAUCCUUGCUGUCACAGAGUACAAAGACUCAGCCACCACCCUUCCAAGAUGGCAAAUUUGCAAUUCAAUAGCUCUCAUGUGAUCUCAUGUGACACUCAUGUGUUAGCUACUUAAGAACAACAACAGUUAAUUAUCAAACAAUUAGAGAGCUCAGAGAGCCCUUCUCGCUUUUCUUUAGCUUCAGUGGAAUCUUCCAGUUAAACCCUUUCAGCAAUACACAUAGGCAUUCUCCAUUUCAGUGUCAAUUAAAUCAUUAUACUUAACAGUAACAUGCAUAACAUUGGGCUGCAUAUAUCUGUAAGUAUACAUUUGUAAACAUUUGACUCCCCACUCCAUCUCUCUCUCUCUCUCUCUCUCUCUCUCUCUCUCUCCCUCAUAGCUGGUGAAGCAUAGGGGAGAACUGCUGCAAGAACUGUACCUCUUUUCUGUUGAUAUUUUGUCCCAGUACUGGGAUUGUCUAAACUUGCUCUUCUGAUAAUCAGAUUAAUUCAGAAAACCAGAGCAAGAGAGGCAAAUGAAGCUGAGGAGGCUGCUUUGCUUUAGCUGAUGGCAUGAACACCCUGCUAAAUCACCUGUGCCCUGCACUUCACCUGCUUAAAUGCUCCAGGGUUGCAAAAACACACUGAUAACCUUUUGGAGGAUAUUGUGGCAUUAAGGAGACUUUUAAAAAAAUUUGGGGGAGAAAUGUCAAAUGUAACAUGAUGUGCUGAUGUUACCAGGCCUCUAAUGCCAUCCAGCUGCAACUCUCAAGCCUGGGGAAAUGCAAAAAACACAUUUCAUAACACUUGGGGGUCUCGCUAGACCCUCUUUCUUGUAUAAUGAACACAUAUACACCAUACAACUAGAUGCUUCUUCUUUAUCCUUGUUUUUCAACCCCACACUUCAAAUGCCCAUCAUUUUCCCUGUGGGUAGAAGCUGAUAGUAGCUAUUUCAGGACCUGCACAUCUGGUGCCUCAUAAAGGGAUGCACCAGAACCAUCAGAAAUGUUUAAAACAGUGUUUAGACCAAAUACCCACAAUUAAUUCAGGUGCUGAGAAAGAGAGAGAGACCAAUUAAAAUUAACAGUGGGGCCAAACCAGCAGAUGUUCCAUUGCCUCUGCUGACUGUAUGGUGGCAAUCAGAGGGCAUGUAUAUGGUUUAAGAAACAUGCAAGCUUCCAGAAAGAUUUUCUAAAGAAUACACUUUGAUGAAGCUUCAUAGCUCCUUGCUUGACAUUGACUUUUCCAUUUUGAAAGGCCCAGAUAGGAUGUUUACAUGUGCAUGAAAUGUUAUUCUAGCACAGGGGGGUCCCAAACUGUGAUCUGUGGACCACCAGUGGCAGACUAGCUUCAUUUAGGUGAUCCACAACAUGGCUGCGGAUUUGUGGUUAAAUACGGGACACAGAAUUAAGUAUGCAUAUUGAUUUUUAAUUGUCUUUUAAUGCUUCAAUUAUUUCUUCUACUGUAUUUUAUUGUAUUGCACUUCUAAUUCUAUGGAAUUCAAAUUGUAAUACAAUAAAAUAUAAUAUAUAAGAAAUAAAAUCAGCAAUAAAAAAUCAUACAGCAUCUGGCACAGCACAUUACAACUGCUGAAACAGGCGGAAAAAUAAUUAAGGGAUCUCCAGCAAUUUUCAAGUUGUUUGUUGGGAAAACAAAAAGUUUGGGAGCUACUGUUUUCAAUUUAAGGGGGGAAAGCUUCUUAUUGCCACAGUUAAGGCACUCAACAAAAAGCACACACAUUGAUUUUGAAACUCAAGAUGCUUGCCUUAACAUCCACACCAUGUAAGCAGUACAGUCUACAAUUUCACAUAAUGUGUUCCUUGAGAAGGAACCCACCAUUUUCCUUGGACUUUAAGCCCCAAAUAAAUAACCUGGAGUUAUUCAUAAUUUUAUAAUGAACAAAAUAUUUACUUACUGAUUGCAUUCAUAUCUACCCUUUUCUCCCAGGGGUUCAAAAUGGUGCACAUAGUUCUCCUCCACAUUCAUUAAUCCCCACAACAACCCUGGGGGUAUUUUAGGCUGAGAGGCAAUGAUUAAGCUCAAGGUCACCCUAGUAAGCUUCAUGGCUGCGUGGCAAUUUGUACCCUGGUCUCCCAAGCCAUAGUGUGACACUCUAACCCCCACCCUACACCCACACUUAGUCUCAGUUUGUAUAAUGAAACCAUGCUGGGAAAGGUACACACAUUAACUAAUUCUUGCACUGUGCAAAAGCACACACACAUUGAGUUUUGCAGUAGGUGUUGUAGAUUGUGGUAUGAGAUGGUGGGAUGGAAACAUACUUGCUUGAGAUCUAAAGUGCAAUCGGCCCAACCUGCAUGAGAUCUAAAGUUUAGGAUUCCUAGAUCAGUCUAUCCUUUGUAUAUUGAAAGAUCACUUCCUUGCGUUUCUUCUGCAUGUUAAGUAGUCAUUGUUCUAUGGAAGACUUCAAACAAAUAUGGUGGUGGCUUGUUGGCAGGUUGGGGAAGCAAUGGUAUCCUCAUGGUGGAGGUGUUGUGUUUGUCAGGAUGGUGAUGGUUGGGAUGAAGCAGCCACAGCAAGAGUAAUAAAAUGCUGGGAUGGGAGCCAUGUAAGUGUUUUUGCUCAGCGGGCUUACAUUUCAGCUUUGUAAAAGUCCAAGCUUUUUACACACACCUCCAUCCAAGCAAGCAAGAGGCAUUAGAUAGCUCAAGCACCCAUUCCAGCCAGACAAAAGCACUUGAAGAAGAGGAGGCACAGGUCCAGGAAGAGGUGGGGUCUGGGAAGAAUCCUAAGGGUCAAAGAGAAAGGCCUAGAGAGUCACAUUUCAUCCCUGUGCCUGAGGAUGCCUGCCCCCAGCCAAGGUGAUCAAAAGCUCUCAUCUAACUCCAUAAAAAUACCCAACUGCAGAAAACAUGGUAGUUUUGAUAUGGAAGGAGGCAAACAAAAUAGGUAAAGAGUCACCUCUGUUAAACCGUUGUUGAAUCCAAAGGUGUCUCUGCUUACCUAGAUAAAGAUAAGGGGGUUCAUUGGUGGCAGCGUAAAAUAUGGAUAGUCUGCUCUUGUUCCUGAGUGCUUAAAGUCUCCCCUGAAGGUGACAAGCAUGGAAUUGAAAUUGUAGAAUGCCAAUCAUUCCGAUUAGUCUCUAGAACUGACUGCUGAGGCCAGUGUUGUUUCGGCUGCUUCCUCUAACAAAAGUGGGACUUGCAUACAGUGGUACCUCAGGUUACAAGCACUUCGGGUUACAAACACUUUGGGUUACAGACUCCGCUAACCCAGAAGUAGUACCUCAGGUUAAGAACUUUAUCUCAGGAUGAGAACAGAAAUUGUGCAGCAGCGGCACAGUGGCAGCGGGAGGCCCCAUUAGCUAAAGUGGUAUCUCAGGUUAAGAACAGAUUCAGGUUAAGAACGGACCUCUGGAACGAAUUAAGUACUUAACCAGAGGUACCACUGUAUAUGCCUCUUGGUGUAGAUUGGCUUAUGCACCCCAAUGGAAAAACAAUGGCCAAUCUGUUUACUCCUGUACUACAAAGUGCUGAAUAAGUUCUCUCUAAAUCAGUUGCUAUAAUGUGUACCUAUUGCCAUAGUCGAAGCACAGAGUGGGUGGGGGGACCAGAUGCAAGAAAAUGACGUCGCUGAUCUCCAACUGUCUCGAGGUCAUUCCAAGGAAGUUUUGCAGCAGUUGAUCAUUAACUUAAUUCAGUGAUAAAUUAGAAUGUGUGUUCUAUCCUGCUAAGAUAGUAAAAAAUGACUUCUCCCCCCUUUGUUCACAGCUGCAACUGGUAGAAAGAGAAAUUAAUAUUGCUACAAAAAAAGUGGAGCUGGAUAGAUGCCAAAAACACUAG